UUCACUUCACCCACAGAAAGUGGAAAAAUUGUUUUUCUGAUUUCUAUUUAAGCCAAAUAUAAUCUUCCACAUUUAAAGGCUAUGGAAAAAGUAUGUUUAUAUUAAUGAGUAAGAACAAUGUGCAGAAAGUGACAACAACGCGAAAGAAUAUAAGAGUGUGAUGAUGGAUACUUUGGCAUUGACCGAAACAGGUAGCACCACAUCCAUGCAUGUGCAAGUCCAUCUGGAUGGGCAAUCGCCCCAAUUAGAGCAACAACGGCAUCAUUUAAAUCAGCAACAGCAGCAUAACAUCGUUAGUCUAGGCAAUAUCUCGGAACUAACACACGAAUUACAUGAAGACAUUGUGUCCAUACCCAAAGAGGUUGUGCUCAUAUCGUUGGUAGCGCAAGAGCAGGCCCUUUAUAAUCCCAAGCAUGAGUACUAUCGUAAUAGUCACCGAAAGGAUGCCAAAUGGAUGGAAAUUGCAGAAACUGUUGGUUGGUCGGAGGCACAAUGCAAGUCCAAAUGGAAAGCCAUGCGAGACCAAUAUUGUCGCGAAUUGAAACGCAGCAAGUUCAAUGCCAAAGCUAAUGUCAAAUGGCGGUACUUUAAGGAGUUGGAUUUUCUGCGGCCAUUUGCGUUGUCAAGGAACUAUCGACCACGUGCCAACACUACAAUUGCCAAAAGCGACAAUUUAACUGGGCCUAAUGCUAGUGGUAACAUUAAAUGCAACAAACUACCGAGUAUCAAAAUCGAAAACGGCCAAUUCACUAGCUGUGAGUUUAAUACGGAUGAAAAUGUGUUGGAUGCGGAAGACAAACAUGAGGCAACAACUACACGUCUAUUAACAUCGUUGACGGACGAGCAGUUAAACUCAGUUAUGCAACAACACAGUGGAAGUUGGAAUUACCUUACCGCAGCGAACACAACAGAUACUCGUAACAUGCAAGCACAUCAGCACAGCGUCCAUGAACUGGAUGAUAACAACUUAUUGCAGCAUGCACAACAACACUCGGGCGCUGAUGACAUGCUGUGUGCCUUGGUGGAAAGCGUAACGGCUGCAGCAGGUCAAAUGCAUCAGUCGCAAUCACAUAAUGACGAAGAAGAUGACGACCCCAUACACACUUUUCUGAAUAUGGAAGGCUUUUUCGAAAAAGACCUCAUCAGCAUGGUACAACAAGAGGAUAUCUUGUAUAAUAAUUUUCAUCCGAAUUAUAGAAAUUCGAAAGUAAAACUUGAAGUUUGGGACGAGAUUGCGCAAAAAUUAAAAAAACCAAUUGGGCGCUGCCGCUUAAAAUGGAAGGCACUGCGAGAUCAAUACAUCCGGGAGCAUAAACGGCUAAAGGAUCGUGAAAAUUCCGCAUCACUGCCACGUUGGAAACACUACGAUGCACUUAGCUUUCUCAAAAAAUUUAUCAAACAUAAAACAAGGGAUUUUGAUGCCAAAAAUAUUGUACAACUACCCAAAAAUGAGACAGACACAGAUUUAGAAGAGCAAAUAAUUGACAGUUCACCAUUGCGUUCGCCUGCAGAAGUGGCAGUAGAGACACACGAGCUGGAAUCGCAAACAUUACCUACACUAUCAGGCCCGCAUACACAACACCACCAGCACCAACACCAACACCAGCACCAGUUGCAGCACGACAUUUGUGUUGUUAGUGGUAGCAGCGUUGGUGGUUAUGACGAGAUGGACAUUGACCACUACAUAAUUGGACAUGCCAGCGAUACAGGUGUGAACGACGACGGCGAUGACAUGGAUGCAGAAGAUGACGAUGAAGAUCGCAAAUCACACCAGCACUUUCCGGAUUAUGCACCAAGUUCAACAAGCAACACAACUAUCAAUAAUAAUUCAAAUCAGCCAGAAUGCGGUAAUAAUCUAGAGAGACAGGAGAACGAGUACAAAGAUAUAAAGGAAAAUAAUGCAGAACAACAAGGCGUAACAUUACAGCAACAGCAACAACAUCAACCACAAGAGCAGCAAACGUUAUUGAAAGUAGCAACGCAAUCUACGCAGCAGCAUCAUCAGUCGCAACAGCAACAGCAUCACCACCAACAACAGCAACAACAUUUGCUUACCCUAGAAGUUGGUGGCGAAUCGCACACUGCCACACUCACCACUAGCGAUGAAUCGAUCAUACAACAUCAGCAACAUGACUACGCUAAUGAUAUGAAACAACAACAGCUACCGCAACAAACUCAUGCACACGGUUUGAUUAAUGGCGGGAACACAAACUUAACUGCCAACAACAACAGUGCAAAUGUGUUGGGUGAAAAUUGCGGCAUGGCGGCGAUAAUAAACGCAAGUGCCUCACUCAGCAUGGAUAGCAUCAAUCUACAAACUCUGACGAAUAGCAGUCCCAUGACAAGUAGUGCGUCAACAACGGCGACUAGCGGGACAAUGAGUGGUGCUGCACCCAUUGCUGCAGCUGUCACGUCUACCUCAACAAUUGCCAACCUAACAUCGACUGAACACUUGGGAGAUGACGAGGUUGGCGCUUUCUUUAAAGCAGUUGCAAUGAAAAUUCGCAGCGCUAAAAUGUCGCCGGUGGCAUUCACUGACCUACAAAUCGAUAUACUGCGCGUUAUCAACGAGACAUUGCGAAAUCAUUAAUUGAAAAAAGAUGCAGCAAAGGCUCUUUUAAAUUAUUUAUAUGCAACACUUGGUUGGUUUUUUAAGAUUUUGCUUUUAAUUGCUCUCGGUAACUAUGUUUACUUAUGUAGGUAUAUUAAAAACUGUUUCUGCACUGUA